UAUUGAUCGAUAGGAAAAAGAGAAGAAAGGGUAGAGACGUUGGGACAGUUGGUGGCGCGUGUAACGGUAAACAAAAAAUUGAACCGAGCGUAACCGUCAUCAACGUCUGCAAACCCCGCUCUUCAACAACCAUUCACCGCCAACACCUUUCGCAGCGAAACCCUAACUCCAUUUGCUCAAUACGUUUCUUUCCGCUUCAACAAUCCCCUUCUCUGGUUCCCUCAAACACCGCGGAUUGAUGACAAUCGACCCUACGUUAUGAAGGAGAGAAGGUUGUUGAUUGUUUCUCACCAAAUCCCUCCACCAUCUCUGACCACGCACUUCUCUUCGCCGGCCAACCUAGAUGCCACCUUUUCCGGCGACGGAGUUCCUUUCGAAACGCUCAACCUCAACAUCGUCAGAUUGGACGCUUCUUACUUCCGUGUUGAAGUCGCAAAUGCAGCAACUGUUGCGGAUCUCAAGCAGGCAGUGGAGGCUGUUUUCUAUCACAUGCCUCGGAAGGGACCGGGAAAAAUAUUAUGGCCACUUGUUUGGCGGCAAUUUUGCUUAUGCUAUCAAGGACAAAAAUUAGUUUCAGAAACGGAUUAUAUUACAGAUUAUGGCAUCAAGGACGGUGACCAGCUUCAUUUCGUGCGCCAUGUAUCUGACACUUGCAGUUUUGAGAGAAAGCAGCGGAAGAAGCGCAUUAUCAAUUUGAAACAACACAGGAGGUCAUCGUCACAAGAGAAUAUAUAUCAAGAGAAAGAACAUAAAGACGACGACAUUGGUUUGGAUGAUAUAGUCAUAGAGAAUGGGAAGAUCCAGCAUAGCAAUGCAGAAGAAAAUCGAGGAGGAAAGAGUAGGUUAGCUGGCUUUUGGGGAGGAUUGUUCUCUCAUAGCCGGCUGGCAGUUAUGAGAAGAGCUAGAAUUGAGGGCAGGAUUUGUUGCUCGAUGAUUGCUAGAUGUGUAGUGAGCAGUUUUAGAAAAAUUAGAAGAAUUUUAUUACGCUAUUGCUGGAGGCAGCAUUACCCUCGGCGACCCACUUGGAGAGAAUAUUGAUAGAGUUUUCAUUUUAAUGAUUUUAAGUUUUUAACCUCUUCUUUAUACACGAUGUAAAUAAAAAGAAUUUUUCAACCGUACGUGCCUUGGCUCUUUUAGUGACAGAGACAAAAAUAAGUUUGCUGAGCGAAGCACUCUGACUCGUACCAUAUUGCAGUUGGAGUUUCCUCAUAUUCCUGUACAGAUGCCUUGGGAACUGUAGUUGAGUUCAUCAUGCAAAGUCUGUCAGCCAUGGCAAGACUUUAUGUUACUUAGUUGCUGCAGUUGGGGUCACAACAUAUACCUGCAAUGGAAAGCUUUUUUAGUUGGUUUAAUAUGUUACGAUUUUCCCCCACCUCUCUUUUAUCACCCAAAAUUGUGAUAAAGCAGAAAGACAUUAAAAUUAUAGGUUUGUUUAAUUCGAUUGCAGCUUUGAUUUUUAUUGUGACAUUGUUACACUUGAGUGCUUGUAAAAAUUUAUAAUGCUACGUUAUUUUUAUAUUUAAACUAGUCAGUCCACAUUUUUGGUCUUAUUUGUAAUAGACUGCAC